AUGAUCAAAGUAGAUAUUUUGGAGGUCUAUUGAAAUUGAGCUGUGGCCAACAAUUGCUUCGAACAAUUCGUGACGUCUGAGAAAUCGUAGUAUUCAAGAAUAUGCGUCGCUACACGACUGAUGUUGUCCUGUUUGUGAUCCGCCACGGCAGAUUUGAAAGUGACUUGGAGGCCACUUGGCCGGAUUCAAAAGAGGAACUAGAAAUGGUGGCGGUGUGCAAUAGUGGUGGAAAAACACAAUUCUUGGUUAUUGGCAGCUUGGCAGUCUGUGGUAACUGCACAUGCUUUACCUGCACUACUUUCUAUCUUUUGCGUCUUUCUGGUUCAGCAGUUCAAGGUUGUCCUGCACACUGUACUGUAAAGAGUGACACACUCGACACUCUGACGGUUUCAUCUUCCCUCACAGUUUUCGACGGAUUUUUCGCGCAAGCAAUGUCAUCGUUGAGAUGAGAGUACUCUCUAGAUUCUAUUCAAGUUUGUAAUGGUUUUAUAGUCGCUGAUGACGAACGUCGAAAGACAUGACGAUGACCAGUUGCUCAAACGGCACCUAAACGCCUGUCCUCACGUUUAAUGCUUGCGCUAGGAAUUGGUUGUCAUCUUUAGGAUCAAGUCAUGAGAUAUAUUGUAAAAUACGAUUGACGACUACGACUAUGAAAUUAUUUUUUGAUGAGUGCAUGGUGGUGGCGUUAACUACUUCUGGUAUAUUAAAUCCAGUCUGAAAGCGAUGUGGGUCAGACACUAUAUACUUUGCAAUGUUAUGUUCGCAGUUUGAAACAGUGGGAAUAUUUCUGAGCUACUACCUACUGGUAGGCAGGUACUUUUUGUUGAAACAGCUGGUUACACUACACUGUACACCUAAGUGUCUCGUUGAACCUCACUUAGGCACAAAAAAGUAAAGCAUAUCUAGUAAAAUACUGAACAGGAAAUGUUGGAUAAGAAACUACCAACAUGAACUUUACUAGCUUACAAUGGACAUCGGUAUGACAAAUCUACGACUUUGAAUCAUCAUCGUUUUCACUGCCGACAUUUGACGGAACGUUCAACUGACAACAUGGCCAUCACGUGAGAGCCCAUCGCCAGUACGAUGCGUCGUCAUCUCUACCGUUAGUCCGUACUGCCAUGUAUGUGCCAACGUGUUGAAAUGUUAGCUUAAGAGUCGUCACAACAUGUUAGUCGAACGCUCUUAACUGUAUCAGCAGCUGCAUUUAAUUCAGAUUUCCAGAUGCUUUCUUAAACAGUCGAUGACUAAUAUUUCUUUAUUCGAGAACAUAUUCUUCAAAAUGUACCCACGGAGUUUCAAAAGACCAGUGAGAUACUCUGAAGCUCCUCACUUCCGUACGGAUCAAUAAAAUGUAAAAGUAUGCAGCUUAUCAGUUUCAUAUUUUAACCUACACGUAUUCAC